GCGAAUAUGUUACAUAUUCACACUUUCGUGCUCACAUGUAAAUAAACCUUUGGAAAUGUUGUAAUUAUGCUGCGCAAGGGCCAAAAUCAAGCGCACCUGUUGGCACGAUGCCUGGGACAGAUGGCGCGCAGUAUGGCCACAUCAAAAACAGGCACCGUCAAUCAGGAAAAGGCUAAGCCAAAGCUACCGAAACCCGCUGCCGUAGAAAUGCCGGUGGAAGAACCAUUGAACGCUCAUUAUUUGUCCAAAUCGUUGGGUAGCAACUACCGGGCGUGGGUCGCUGCCUUGGAGAAGCAUCCCGAACUGAAGACGGUGAAACGCAAAGACCUGCUCAACUCGUAUGAAACUUUAAAAUCCCUGGCUUACACCGUGGAAGACAUCAUAACAAAGCCAAUGAUCAUCUACUACGGAGCCGCCACGCUAGCUAAUCGCCACAGUGUCCUAGAGGAGUGCGGCUUCCAGAAUAUUACCAUCCCAACGCUGUCCAAAUACGUCACGGUGGUGAACAAAUCAAUUGAAAUCCUGAAGGCGCACUCCUACAUCCCGUACGAUGUAAAAGUGGCAGAACGCCUGGCCAAUUACUUCACCGGCAUCCACCUGCCGGUGGAUAUGAGGGAUCUUGACAGCGAAAACCUCACGUUGAAGAGUCUGAGGCAAUCUCUGCUGAACGCCUACCUACGCGAGCGGCUCCAGAUGGACGACAGUGAUCUGCAGAAGCUAUGGCGCGUCUACUCCCGCAUACGUCACAAGAGCUUUCGUGCCGUGCAGGACACCGUCGAGCUGCUAACCUCAGAGCUAAGGUUCACAGAAGAGCGGCUUAGAAAAAAUAGUUUUCUGCUUUACUCGGACGCGGACAAUAUUCGUCGUAUUCUGAAGGAGAUCCCCACCAUUGAUUCGCAGAGUAUACGCGAUAUUGGCUUUCGGCGGCCAAAAAUUCUGAUGUCCACAUGCGAUAGCUUAAGGCAGACUCUGCAGCAUGUUCAUGCAUUUGGGAUUAGCGAGGCUGCCGUGCUGCGUUGUCUGGAGGUGUUGACCCUGGGACCGGAUACGGUGUUGGAGCGCCUAAGAGACCUGCAGGAAAUCGAGGAGUUCCAAGUGCUGGGCACCAAUCCGAGAGUGCUGCGCCUGGUACACUACCAAAAUAAAGCGCGACUUCGUCUAGAUUACCUUAGUCAGCUUAAGGUGCGCUGCGCUUCUCUGCACAUCCUCUCCUGCGGCUCCGAAGCCUUUGCAAAAUUUGCACGAGAUGGCUCGGAUCGCACCAAGGGUCGCGAUAUUGUUGUUUACUUGGGCAACAUUCUAUCUAAGGAUGAGCAGGAGCUGCGCAACCUGCUCUCCCGCCAUCCCAACUGGUGCCACACACCCUUGCUGCAUGUUAAACAGUGCCUGGAGUUCUUGCGCAGCAAAAAGUUUAAACUGAAGGAAAUAUUUGCCAACAUCCAUCUGCUGCUGUAUCCCAUAAAACGCAUUGAGGAGAAGAUGCAUAUACUUCAGGCCCCAGAUGCUCAGGAGGAACUGCAGCUCCCCGUGUCGGACUUUUAUGAGUUGAGCAAUAACGAGAUCCUGACCCUUGUUCUCUACCUUAUCGAAUCGGAGUUCCACUUCACUGGCGACGGCAUCUGGACGGAACAGCAUACACAUCACGUGGAGAAUUUUAACAAUUUGCUGCCCGACUUUCCUGAGAGCCUCAACAAGGUUUACAAGUACGGCGUCAAGCCGGCCGAGAAGCUAGUCAUGCAGCACUUGUAAGCCGAACAAAGGAAUUGUAAAUAAAAAGUUUUUUAUUGGAA